AUGGGUAUAUCACUGAAGAUCAAGAUACCAAUUGGCUCUAGGAGACGCCCCAGUAAGACAUCCGCCGGGCAGAACCCUCUAGGCGAAGGUAGCAGUCGCAAGCAGGCACAUGACCAUCGCAGUGGAAGUCCCCCUCUUCCCUGCCGUCACCAAAACCCUGAACCCAGGCCCAAGCCAUAUAUCAUGCAACCCAGAAGGCCCAGCUACAACACUGUGAUCGUAAGGCCUUCCACUGCCCCUCAAAAACCUCGCAUAACAACCCACGCCGUCACCACCACAACCCCCUCGUCCCACCGCCACCGCCGCCCCUCCAAAACCCCAACAACCCCCCGAUCCCCCGUAAGCCCCCUCGAAACCUCCCGUUUCGAAUUCCCCUCCCCCUACUCGCGUCCUCAACCUGCCGUCCAGCGCGACGAAUACGGAUUCAGCAUCCGUACGCCGUCGACGCCGGCGGGACAGGCGAAUACGUACGGGAUGAGUGCUUUGGCGCCGGUGAAUUCGGAUGAGUGGAGUUAUUUUGAGCCGCAGGUGGGGAGUACGUGGAAGGGGGGUGAAGAGGAGAAGAGUAAAGGGAGGGAGGGGGUAUUAUAG